AUGGAGACUGAUUUGAUCAUUCUUAAGGAACUGACCUUCGUAGGCUGGGACUACGUGGUGUUCGCAGUGAUGCUGGUGAUCUCUUUGGCCAUUGGUCUCUUCCAAGCACUGCCAAGAGGCAAGCAACAAACAGCAGAGGAGUUCUUUACGGGUAGUCGCCAGCUCUCCUUCCUGCCAGUGGGUCUCUCACUUUCGGCCAGCUUUAUGUCUGCUGUACAGGUACUAGGUGUGCCUGCCGAAGCUUACCUUUAUGGCCUGAAGUUCGUAAUAAUGUGUCUUGGACAGACUCUUAAUAGUCUAAUAACAGCCAUCUUCUUUCUACCAGUUUUCUAUCGCCUGAGACUCACCAGCUCUUAUGAGUAUUUGGAAAUGCGAUUUUCUAAGGUCAUCCGACUCUGUGGUACAAUUCAGUAUAUUGUUGCUACGGUACUAUACACUGGAAUAGUAAUCUAUGCACCGGCCUUAAUACUUAACCAAGUUACUGGCCUGGAUAUUUGGGCGUCAGUUUUUUCUACUGGCUUAAUAUGUACAGCAUACACCACCAUUGGUGGAAUGAAAGCCGUCAUUUGGACAGAUGCAUUUCAGAUGAUUGUGAUGUUUUCAGGGUUCCUUGCAACUAUAAUCCAAGGUACAAAAAUUGCUGGAGGGGCACAUGCAGUUCUAGAGGCAGCAAGAAAUGGCUCAAGAAUUAAUAUUGAUGACUUUAACUUAGACCCCAGAAAAAGGUACACAUUUUGGACUCUUAGCGGUGGAGGAACACUACUGUGGCUUUCAAUGUAUGGAAUUAACCAAUCCCAAGUGCAGCGUUAUGUUGCCUGCAAAACAGAGCUACAGGCAAAAUGUGCUCUUCUAAUCAACCAAAUUGGUCUCUACAUCAUUGUGCUUAGUGCAGUGACCUGUGGAAUUGUUUUGUUUGCGAUCCAUGGGAAGUGUGAUCCUGUUCGAGCUGGAUACGUCUCUGCCCCAGAUCAGUAUAUGCCAUUCCUUGUUUUGGACAUUUUCAGAAAUUAUCCUGGACUGCCAGGACUGUUUCUCUCUUCUGCAUACAGUGGAACAUUAAGCACAGUGUCUACAAGCAUCAAUGCCAUGGCUGCAGUUACAUUAGAAGAUAUAAUCAAGCCCAGGACACGCCGACUGUCUCCACAGAGAAUGAUCCUCAUAUCUAAGGGGCUUACACUCUUCUAUGGCACAAUGUGCAUUCUGGUGGCCGCAAUGUCUUCAUUUAUGGGAAGUGGUGUAUUGCAGGGAUCCUUUACAGUUAUGGGAGUGGUCAGUGGUCCUCUGCUUGGAGUCUUCAUACUGGGGCUGUUUUUUCCUAUCUCCAAUACCCAUGGAAUCUUGGUGGGAGUAACAGCUGGAUUCGUCAUAUCAUUUUGGGUGGCUACAGGAGCUACUCUGUACCCACCUAAUGCAGAAUCUAUGGGAGUGUUGCCAGUCUUCACGGACAGCUGUCCAAUAACCCUGCUUAACAGCACAACAACAUCUUUCCCUGUGAUCUUCCAGAAUACAUCUCAGAUAACAGAAGGAUCUUCCAUUGUCAAGGAUUUCUAUUCCAUUUCUUACCUAUAUUAUGGACCUCUAGGAACAGUAAUCACAGUGUUUGUUGGGAUUUUGAGCAGCUAUUUAACAGGUACACAAAAGAGAACCAUUAAUCAUGGUCUUUUAUGGUGGGAAUUAAUAAAAGGGACUGCGUUAAAGGACCAAAGUAAUGACAUAAUCGACAACAGCAUCCAAAAGGACAAGAUGGACAAGAACAGAUUAAAGGAAAAGAUGCCAAGUGCCAAAACCUUUUCACACAGCACUGCAGCAGGCACAGAAAAAGAAAAGAAAGAACCAUUCAUCAAACAAGACUCAACUCUACAAACAGUGGAUGAAAAUAAAAUAACCAAGAAGGAUAAUUUAGACUCUCUGGAAGAAACAAAUAUUUAGUUUACUUCUUCAAAAAGAAAUAGCACAUUGUACAUAUUCUACAUAGGAGUACUUACUGCUUACUUUGACACAUGUUUUAAAGUAACAGAAACAUAUAGGAUUACUCACUGAGGCUGGACAAUUUUUUGAAGUGAAACUUCUUUAGGCACGGAAGUGCAAGUUUGGAGUGAAAUGGAAGUGAGACUCCACUGGACGGUGGCGCUGUUCUACUCUUCUAGUUGUCUGAUAAUUGGCUGAGAGGUCUAAUUUUACAAGUACCCCCUCAUAACACCCCUGGGCAGGUGUUAUCGAUACAUUAACACACACUCUGUCAGGCAUUAUUGCUUGCCUUGUGUUUACUCAGUGUUGCAUCAAAGUUUAUGAAGUGUUAGCUACCCAUGAUAGAAGUAUGGACUUUCCUUUGCACUUCUUUACAAAAGUUUCACGUCUAACCCGUGUGGCAACCAUGCACAGUUUUUAAAAAAGAAGUGAUUUUCUAAGAGAAAAGAAAGCAAAUGUUAGAAACGGAUACUAAAACAAAGCAGUUCCUCCAAGUACUGCCUUUCUAAAGAUGCAAAUGUGCAAAACAGCCAUCCCAAGCUUAAGAAAAAGAGAAAUGUAAAACCACAAAUUACUUAUUAAAUGACCAUUGUAAUAACAAAAAAAAGGAAAUGAACAGUUGUGUGCAGAAAUACAGAACACUGCCUGGAAUUUUACAAUAUACUCAUAGCAUUAUAUUGUGUGGCUACUCUUGCCCUGGAAAUUCCUUCUAGCAUGUUGAUAGUACUCUUUAUUUAACACCAAAUGGCACCAGUGAUUUGGUGCUUCAGUAAGCAGUCAUUGUUAGCUGUGUUAUAUUUCAAUAUUUUUGUGCAGCCAGGCCUCUGGGUGCAUAAGUGAGCAACGAGCAGUAACAUUCAGUGCUGUGCAUAAUAUUUAAGAAUAAUUUGCAUUUUUUGGCUAUGCAUUAAGGGUGGGCAAGUUGACAGUGGAAAAACAAGAAAUUAUUUAGCGGGUUACAUGUAUGACUGUAAAUCAA